UAAUUUUAGUCGCAAAUUUCCACUCCGUCACAACGGCUCGAGCCACACCAAACAUAACUCGCAAACCAGAGACUCCGAUUCAGUGGUAACCUCGAGAGAUUCAGAAGAUGGCUUCAGGCUGGGGAAUCACCGGGAACAAGGGCCGAUGCUACGAUUUCUGGAUUGACUUCAGCGAUUGUAUGUCCCGCUGCCGAGAACCAAAGGACUGUGCUCUACUCCGUGAAGAUUACCUAGAGUGCCUCCACCAUUCCAAGGAGUUUCAAAGAAGAAACCGUGUCUACAAAGAGGAGCAGCGUAAACUAAGAGCGGCCAAAGGGGAGGCCAAAGAGGGUAAACAUGUUGAUGCUGCUCAUGCAUAGUCAUAAUCAUCAUUCAGAGAUUGAAUAAUGCAGAAUGCAUAGACAUGCGUUGUUAUUUGAACAGUUUUUGGCUUGUUAUUUACAUUCUAUUCUGUCUUUCUUGAAUCCGGUAUGAAAUUCACAAGUCAUGCAACAAGGUCAAUUCACUUCUUUUUUUCCCUUGCUCGAUGAGGAUGAUGUGAAUGUGUUAAUGCCACUUAUUUCCAAGUUUUGGUUUAAUCAAUAAGCUCUUAGCACAUUGU